AUGAAUGAGAGUGAGGAGGACGAUGGCUUUUUAUCUAUGAGCAAUAAAUGUGAUUCCGAAGUACUUAGAAGGUGUGAAGAAACGUUGUAUAUAGUGAGAAAUUUAGAUAACGACAUGCAAAAUUUACCAAAUCCAAAUAUCAUACCCGAGAUGAGAAAAGAAAGAGGAGAAAAUAGCAGCGAUAAAGAGUUUAUUACGGUAACAAGAAGAAAACCUAAAUAG